AUGGUGUGCUCAGGUACCCAACACACAACUGGAUGUGCGAUCUCCAUUGAUGUGGAUACUACCAACAGCAAUACUACCUACAACAAUGCAGAUUGUAACCCAUCUCUGCCUAUCUUUCCUGUGUGGCUCCUGUCCAUGUCUUCCCAUAAACCCAUCAGAAGAGAUCCAUCCAACACAUUGGGGCCCUUCCUCACAAGGGUGUCAGUGUGUACAGUGUGUAUAUUCGACACUGGCCUCAUUGAUAUUCCUCAAACAAGACACUUCACCUUCCACUUUGUCGGGGGGCUCAAACUGAAGGACUCCUUUCCUUCUUCCCUAAGCCCCAGCCACACUAUCCUGUUAUCAAGUCUGGUCAACACCACUGGGCCUGGUUUCUGGAAACAGCUGGGGUAUUUGGCCUUGUCCCUUGAUAUCAGAUUGUCAGCUGUCAUCUCUAGUGCUGUCAGUUUUCUAACAGCACCCAUGUUUUUUCUAAUUUCUAAUGGUGCUCAAGGAAAUCAGAGGUCUCUUGACUGGUAUCUCCAGGCUCUGGGAACAAGGCACAAGCCAGCAGUGAAGAAAUCACUUUUUAAAAUGAAGGACUUGCUACUGAUUCUGUGCCUUUUGGGAACGAGUUUUGCAGUGCCAAUAAAACAGGUAUUUCCUCAGCAAGCUGCAGCGACUGGACUGGGGAGCCUAAGCCUCGAGACAAUGAGACAGUUGGGGAAUCUGAAUGGACUGAACCUGCUUACUCAGUUCUCUAGGUUUGGUUAUGGUAAACCAUUUAACCCUAUAUGGUUGCAUGGACUCCUUCCACCCCACUCUUCCUUCCCAUGGUUGCAGCAAAGGGAACAUGAGACUCAACAGUAUGAAUACGCCUUGCCAGUACACCCACCUCCUCUACCAUCCCAGCAGCCCCAAAAGCCAGGACAGAAGAAUUUCCUCCAACCCAGCCCAGCACCAGAUGCCACCCAACACGGGCCACCUCAGCCUCCACUGAAUCCUGGACAGAACCAUGGGCUUCCAGAGGACAGAGCACUGGGCCAGCAGCCUGGGGGGCCCUUGGGCAGGGCAGGGAGGCCCGAGAUGUUUCCAAUGGGACGUUUGAUCUCUGAAGGACCAGAACAAAAAACAGAGAAAGCCCCACUUUACCCAAGAAUGUUUUAUGUGCCCAUUGGAGCAAACCAACUGAAUGCCCCAGGAAGACUCGGCAUGCUAAGCUCUGAAGAAAUGAUGGGAGGAAGAGGUGGUCCCAUGGGUUAUGGUUCCAUGUUUCCAGGAAUGAAGUCUGGCUUUGGGGAGAUGCCCCAAAACCCAGCCAUGGGAGGAGACUUCACUCUUGAACAUGACCUACCUACGGGUGCCAGCAAACCCCCCGGCCUAGAAGAGGGUGGUGCCCAAGGCUCCCCUGUGCCUGAAGCCGAUCCAGAAAAUGCUGAGAAUCCAGCUUUCCUUCCAGAAGAAAUCCCUUGGGCUCGGGGAGGGAUCCUGUCUUUCCCUAAGGGGAGAGUUUCUAAAUCGGGGAGAGGUCCAGCUGGGCAGAUUAAGAGACCCCUCAAAGGCACUCCACCAACCUCUGAACCAGGGAUGACUCUGGGGCCAUCUGAUAUUACUGAGAGCUUUGGCACUGAUAUAACUACCCCCCUGGCCAUCCUAGACGAAGGUCCUUUGGACAUUACUGUGGAACCAGAUACCCACCACACAUCAGUGCAAGGGAACAAGGCCCUCCAGCCACAGAUUAUCGAAGAUGUGUGGCAUUUCCAAGAACCCUGA